AUGCCCGCAACCACCGCAGAGACGCUGUCGCUAGUCAGUUGCCAGGUCUCAGUCGCUCCCCUCGUUCUCCUCUCAGUAGCAGAUCACUACGGUCGGACAGCAAAGGGAACCCGGAAACGAGUUGUCGGUGUGCUCCUUGGUCAAAAUGAUGGCAAGAACGUGAGAGUCUCAAAUUGUUUCGCAGUCCCGUUUGAAGAAGAUGAGAAAGACCCCUCCGUCUGGUUCCUUGACCAUAACUAUGUCGAGUCCAUGCGCGAGAUGUUCAAGAAAGUCAACGCAAGGGAAAAGCUAAUAGGCUGGUAUCAUUCUGGUCCCAAGCUGCGAGCUUCUGAUUUGGAGAUCAACGAGCUAUUCAAGAGAUACACCCCCAACCCACUACUUGUCAUCAUCGACGUCCAGCCCAAAGAAGUUGGCGUACCUACCGAUGCAUAUUUUGCCAUUGAAGAGAUCAAGGACGAUGGAACAACCACCACAAAAACCUUUGUACACACUCCUUCCAUCAUCGAGGCUGAAGAGGCUGAAGAAAUCGGAGUUGAACAUCUGCUACGAGAUAUCCGAGACGUCGCGGUGGGGACCCUCUCCUCUCGCAUUACUCAACAGUUGCAAUCAUUACAAGGCUUACAUCUACGACUUCGAGAUAUUGGGGCAUAUCUGCAAAAAGUCCUCGAUGGCGAACUCCCCAUUAAUCAUGCCAUUCUCGGGAAUUUACAAGAUAUCUUCAAUCUCCUGCCCAACCUCACGACACCACCUGCAUCACGGCCAAAUGGCAAGAGUCAAGUGGAAAACAGUGAACUUGCGCGAGCCAUGAGCGUCAAGACGAACGAUCAGCUCAUGACAAUUUACCUCAGUUCCCUUGUUCGGGCCAUCACUGCCUUCCAUGACCUGAUUGACAACAAGAAUCAAAACCGUCAACAACAAGAAGAGAAGGAGGGAAAGAAGGAAGAUGGAGAGAAGACGGAAGGAGACAAGGACAAGGACGAGAAGAAGGCCAACUCGACUGGUACGGCCAAUGGAGAUAAGAAAGAGGCAGAGGAGAGUAACGGUGCAAAGGGAAAAGGAAAGAAGAAGAGCUAG